CCUAGGCGCCCAUUAUUUAGCCCACUGGUUAGAAUAGCUUUUUUGGGGGCUACACUGAAAAACAUUGGUUAAAUUUUGUGUGUGCUGGCCUAUUGAAAAACAAAGCUUAUUGAAGAAAACCAUAAAAUCUGUUGUCCUUCCCUGAGAUCUCUAGCUAUAAGUUCCAUUUCUUUUCACCCCCGAUUGCCUCUCUUCCCACCGAGUAGAGAGCCCGAAUCAGUCAUGGAUUGAAAGCUUUGACAAGAUAUGGAAUGAGUUUUAGCCUAUGGUAGAAGAGCUGGUUCUGUGUCUCCAUGAAGACUGAGGAUCAUUCGUCUAUAGCAGCCGCCAUGAUUUCUUCUCCAGUGGCACUUCAAGCAGGUCCUCGAUCCAUAAGACCCCAUGAAUCUACUCAGAAUUUGCGCAAGAGAUUAAUGCAGGGUGCUUUCAUGGAACUUUCGGAUGACAAUUUGUGUGAUGAAGAUGGUGGGUCUGAUGAGUGUGGACAUUUUGGAGAUAAGAAGAGAAGAUUGACAUUUGAGCAGGUGAAGACAUUGGAGAAGAGUUUUGAAGUGGGUAACAAACUGGACCCCGAGAGGAAAUUGCAGUUGGCUAGGGCGUUGGGGCUGCAGCCCAGACAGAUUGCCGUUUGGUUUCAGAACAGGCGUGCCAGGUGGAAGAACAAGCAGUUGGAAAAAGAUUACGAUCUUCUCAAGCUUGACUAUGAUGCUCUGAAGGCCACCUAUGAGAAUCUGCUUCAAGAGCAUAAGCAAAUCAAAGAUGAGGUUCAACGGUUGAGGAGGGAGCAAGUGAACAGAGAUGAGAGCAACUACAAGGGGAGAGAUUCCAAGAUCGAGUCUCAGCAGAAAUCAAAUGCAUUAUUCAACCAAACUGCAACUUCUACCACUGAGUUAUCAAUAAGACCUGAGAUGCUAAUCAAAAGCAAGGAGGUAUGUGAGAAAGAUUCACAAGAAGGUGGAUGUUCAAGCUUUGUGAGUGAAGAUAGUUCUGUUCUGAACGUCGACAGCCCAAGAACAAUUGACAGCUUUCCUUCUUCACAACCGACUGGUAGAGAAAAUGAGCUACUAAUGAGAAAGUCCUUGGCAGAGCAAUCAGAUUACUGUCAAAAAAUCCUGCCCAAAGUGGAGGAAAGCAUUCUAAUGAAUGAAGAUGAAAACUGCUGUAAUUUGUUUUAUGGUUAUGAGGAACAGGGGGCUAUGCUGUGGGACUGGAACCCUGAAAUAUAAUUUGGGUUUUUUGGUCAAUAGGCUUUCAUGGUUUAACAUAAGUCUUAGGAACAGUAAAUAAAUAAAAGCUGUUUUAGCUGUAAUAUAUCUCUUCUUUGAUGUUUCCCUUAUCUUCUUAAGUUUGCCCAGACCAUUCUGUACUGGGCUUCUACUGCAAUUGAGCUUUAACAGCUAACUCUGCAAUUUAUGUAACAAGUUAAACCAUGAGUGUGAAAAAAGAUUUAGUUUUGCUC